AACAGAUCAGAAUUACUUCCGCUCUUGACUCCGCUCUUCUUCUUCUCUUCAACCGGGCGCUGCUUUCUUUCUCUUCCGGUUGUCGUCUGUUCGUGUGGCAGAGUAACCACUGUCGAAAUGGCCAAGUCGAAGAAUCACACAACCCACAACCAGUCUCGUAAACACCACAGGAAUGGCAUCAAGAAGCCCAGAUCUCAGCGUUAUGAGUCCCUGAAGGGUGUGGACCCUAAAUUCCUGAGGAACAUGCGCUUUGCCAAGAAGCACAACAGGAAGGGCAUGAAGGCAGCAAAGAAGGCAGCAGCUGCAGCCAAACCAUAGAUGUUCCAUAGACUGUGUUUCCAUCAUCACAAUAAAGCUAUGCUUUGUUAACAAACCAUCAAA